GCUUCUCUGACUCCCGCUAAGACAAAGAUGUAUGGUCAAAGGUCGUUCUCCUCUUGAGCUUCAUCAACUUGGUUUAUCUACCAGCUUUCCUCACUGAUUUUCUUACCAGUCUAAACUGAAGAUGCAUAUUUUCAGAACAGCAUCUUCACUACUGUCCUAACCAUAGGAGUGCAUAAUGUGUCUAUAUUUUCUUGGUGUAUGAGUGGGCAUGUCUGUUAAAAUUGGAACAGGACUGUUAAAAACAGCGAUCGACAAUGUUUUCAACUUGAGUGUCAUGGGCAGGUCCUAGAUGGAAUGAGAAGUCCACACACCUGACGAUGAUCAAGACCAAUGAACCAGCAUCACUGCUGAUCAGAUGAUACCAGUCAAGGGAUGGCUGAUAUAACUUGCCCUGAAGCAUGUUUAUUUUCACAAUUCAAGAAAUGUUAUGUAGUUCCAAUCAGGGAGAAUAUCUUAUGUGAGAGCAAAGGAAGGAGAGAAAGAGUAAGGGACUGAGUUGUUUGGUGUCUCCACAAUUCUUUUCUCCUUGAAAAGAUGCUCUCCACCCCUGUCGCCUAACAUGAACUACCAACUUUGUGAACAAACUAUGAAUACAUGUGCUCCACAAUUUUCCUACACUGUUCAUUGCACAUAAAUAAGCUUGGCACAAAUAAAGUCAUCGAUCAAAAGUUGACAAUAAAAUCACAGCUGGGAGAAAUCAGCUGUGAAGCUGAGUGGAACAAAAGUUUUUACAGUGUAAAAUGUCAAAGCAUCAAAAGUUACAGUUUUAAAAUAUAUAAGAUCUGGGUAAGGGACAAAAGCGAUACGAGGCAUUAGUCUAGAUGACAGAUUCCGGUUUAUUCACAUUCCUUGUUACGGCUCGCCGAGACUAACAGCGGACUACUUCGCACGAGGCUAAGCAUUGGUCUUGGUAGACAGACAGCAAUCCACCUAUACUCGUCCGUGCAAUGACGAUGUGUACGAACUCCCAAAAUUAAAAAGAGCUGAAGUGUUAUAUGAAAUGUGUUAUUAUAAAUGUCCUAAAUGAUCGUUUGCAUCUAAAAGUUUAUGAAGAUUUUUUUAAGAAAAUGUAAAAUCUUGAUACCGGGGAACGAGAUUAUUUUACAGGGUUGCUAAGGAAAAGCAUUAAAAUGGCGGAAGAUGAAAUUCCUCCUCUGGAGGACAUGACAGAGUUGCUAAAUCAAAUUCAAAGCCUGCAGAAAAAGACAGAGAGUCAUUGGCCAGAAGGAUGCAGGAAGAUAUCCAGUCACACUUCAACAGCCCAUUCACUUUCUCAACCAGAAUCUAUUUCAUCAGUCCAUUUCCACAGCAGCAAACAAUGUGAACAAAAUACCAGAUUUGGUGGGAUGAAAAAAGGAUUUUUGUUUGGACAGUCAAAACCAACACCCAAAACCAAAAACACAGAUGUUGUGAAAGAACAAAAUGGUGAUAAAUGUAGUCCAGAAGAUUCAAUUCCAUUUCUUAAGCCCAGAACAGAGAGAAAGGAUUCAGAUCUAAAAUUUGCAGAAGUCCAGGAAGCUAUGGAAUCUGGUCAAAGUGUUUUUAGAAAUAAAGAUUGGGUGACAGAAGAUCUGCUGGAAAAAGUUCAGAAAAAUGAACUGUUGUCGAAGCGUUUAAGUGAUCCCCACUUUAUGCAGGCCAUCACAGAUUUCCAGAAAAAUCCCCAAGCUGCUAUUACUAAAUAUCAAAGCAAUACAGAGGUGUGGAGUCUUCUGAAGGAGUUUUCUGGAAUUCUUGGGCAACAUUUUAUGGAAUUGGGAGAAAAACAAGACAUGGCUGGAGGUACAACUCUGCAAUCUGUAAAAACGGAACCAUUGUCUCAUGCCUUAAAGAUGAAGCACCAUCUCCUGCAAGGUCACAAAAAAUGGAGCAGCUUCCAGAGGAUCCAGAUGUGCAGAAGAUUUUGUCUGAUCCAGUCAAUGUAGAAAUUUUAUCAGACCCAAGUGUUCAAAAACUCUUUCAGAGUUUACGCAGCAACCCUGAAGAAGCUCAAAGGAUGAUUCGUGAAGGAGAUGACUUGUUCCGGGCAAAGGUGGACCACCUUAUUUCUCUCGGACUUUUAAGAUUUCAAACAUGAAGCAUCUUUGCAGUGCUGUACACUGCAUUAUAGUAUGUGAACACUGCCAAAGAGAAGUUUGCUAUGAGCACAAAAUGUGUUAAUAACUAUGGAAUGAGCAUUCAUUUCAAAUGUUUAGAAAAAAUAGAAAUUAUUUGUCACCUGCUUACUUUUCUCUCCAUUUUAAGUAGAACAUCUGGUCAUACUUAGCAAUAAUAGCAAUGUCAGUUAAGUAUAAGGCAUUUUCUUAGUAAUAUCUGUGAAAAAAAAGGAAGGAUAAACCCAUAUGGUUCUUAAUGUGUCUGUGCAUUCUUGUGAUUGCAUAUGAACAUUUAUUUUCAUGCUGACAUGUUUUUGUGUGUUGAAGUGCAUUUGUGUGUGCAUGUGCAUACAUGCAUGUGUGUAUGUAUAUAAUAAAUGCAAGAAAUGAUUUGUUCUGUGUUAUAUUUGCAUUGUUGUGUUUGCUGCUCCUUAUUAAUAAUAAUAAAGAUGUGAUUUGUGUAGCACAUAAUCAUGCUCAUGAAGGAGCAUGUUCUCAGCACUGAAGACAAAUAGUAGACAUGAACAGAAUGAAAGGAGAAACAACUAUAUGC